AUGGCUCCCAUAUUGACUAUCUUGGUGGGUCAAUACUGGACCCGGGACGAGCGUCCUCUUCGGACUGCUAUAUGGUGGUCAGGUAGUGCGACUGGUGGCUUCAUAGCCGACGCCAUUACCCAUGGAGUGUCAGGCAAGUCAUUGUCAAAUAGCAAGUAUGGAGUUUGGCGGGUCGUCUCAAAUCAGACUGGAGUGGAAAAUCGGCAGUAUAAGUGGCAUCAGGUCAAGGAGGGCUUGAUGGAUCGGCAGCCCUGGCUUCUUGCUCUCAAUGCGUUCUUGCAAUGCCUUCAAGGCGGCGGAUUGGUCUCUGUACGAAACCAGCUCUGA